AUGGGUUGGCGGAGCGGCGGCGGAACCCGAGGGCUCCUCAGUGGGGCGGGGGCGGUGUUCUCUCGAACCUACUACACGAUACAGGCGGUGCCGAGGGAGCACACAGGGAGCAGAUUGGCGGCGAGGGAGAGAGCCCUCGGCCGGAUCCCGGCGGUGGUUCUUACCCAGGGCGACGGAGAUGGGGCGGAGGCCUCCAGGAAGCUCCUGCUCACGGCAGAUAAGAAGCAGAUCGUCACUCUCCUCAAGAGGGUUCCCUUCUUCUGCUCCACCACGUUCGUCCUCCAGGUCCGCGCCGGCCCCGGCUCCUCCGCCCUGCUCCAGUCCGGCGCCGUCCUCCCGAUAAAGGUGGUGGGAUCACCUCUUCCUCUUCCUCUAUCUCUCUGUCUCUCUCGCCCUCAUCGUCGUUCAUUCCACCUCUGGUGGUGCAGAUCCACAAGGACGCGGAGACGGGGCAGAUACUGAACUUGGUGUUGGCUUGGGCGGGGAAAGAAGCUGCCCUGAAGGUGGAUGUGCCAGUCGUAUACAAGGGAGAGGACGUCUGUCCCGGGCUCAAGAAAGGUGUGCGUUUCUCUCUCUCUCUCGCUCCUAUCACUUCCUUUCAGGCAAGAGAUUUGCUCUGGUUUAGCGAAAAACCUACCGCUUCCCUCCACUCCCUUCCCCUUUAACUUGCUAGAAUCAAUGGGUAAAAGACAUUCAAUUCUUGUUUCUAUCAUAUUUUCUUGGAAUUAUCUCAUCGAGGGCUUGCUUACUGCUCUUGGAUCGCCGAUUAGUCUGUUUGCGCGCGCGCAAAUCGUUUGUCUGGAGGUUGCGGCGUCCAAUUGCCUCCUGACCGUCCGACGUAUGCUUUUCUCUCCGAUUUACUUCUCAUCUAAGAGUGUCGCCUUCCAUGAACGAAGCCUUGUUGGGUCUUCGGAUUCCUCAGGAGUUAGGCUUACGAUCAUCUCGAGAAUGGCUGUUGGUAUAGACAUGAUCUCUCCCAGCAUCGGCUCCUAAAUGACAUCCGUGCACCCUGAGCAUAAUCACCAUGCCGAUUUUGGUUCCUUUUGCUCAUGGAGAUCGGUUUGAGCUGAAACCCAUCAGAGAUGAUAGAAUGGAGAGGUGAAUUUUCCUCAUUCGUUGAACAAAAGCCCCGCCUUUGUUCAGGAAUGCUUAGAGGUGACUCUCCUCCUCAAGCUAUAUGGCUUUCUGCAGAGGAAUGCUUAGAAAGGCGAGCGUUCCCCUCGCACCAUGAAUGUAUGCCUUUGGUCCAUAGCCCGAUGUCCUAGAAGCAGCUUUUCAUCAACACGUAAUCCGGCCCAACCUACGUUUCCUCUGCAUGGGUUUUGAUGCAUCAUGCUGGUCCAAGACUUGUUCUAGAUCAACCGCAGGCGGGCAGAAAACGAGCCGCUAUGCUCCCUCUUGUUGCUUCAAAUCAUGUGCAUGACAGGCAACACUCACUCCUUCACUCUGCACCCGGUGUCUAUAGAUUUCCAUAUCCGAGGAGCAGUUCUCACCUUCAUUAUCGACCAAUCUUUGAUCCGAUUAACUGAAAUAUUUAGGGAUUUCAUUAAAAUGUGCGCCUUCAUAUCGAUUUUGCCUCAUCUCAUCUUCAGUUUAACCCUUUCCAGAGUGUACCCAGACGCUGAUAGUGUUCUUGGUUGGCCGUAGAUUAUACCAGAUUUUUGCCAUGAGGCUCGCGAUGGUGAUUGGGUUUCAUGCUUUGAAUAGCGUAAUUAGGUCUCAAUUAAUAUCAUCUACUGAUGAAAUUGUAGACCCCUGCAUGAACUAUUUUCUUCUAUGGUUGAUAAUUCUCAGUUCAUGGUAAUUACUAUAUACGAUGCUUUCUUCCCCAACUGGGUUUGUUGAAUUCUCUCUGCAAAAUCCAGGGGGGUUUCUGCAGACGAUAAGGCCCAGCAUAAAGUACCUCUGCCCGAGCGAGCAUAUCCCCCCGAAAGUGGAGGUUGACCUGGCGAAGCUGGACAUCGGGGACCGAGUUCUUCUUGGUGACCUUGAGGUCCACCCAUCGCUGCAGCUCCUGAGCAAGAACCACACCAUGCCCGUCUGCAAGGUAGUGGCCUCGAAACCAGAGCAGCCCCAGGCCGACCCCGUCCCCAGUGGUGUAGAGGCGGCAUAG